GGCCUGGCGCUACAGGAUGGAGGUGUCCUCUGAGCCCCUCCAGCAGGGCAGGGGGCUGGUGCUGGUCCGACGGCAGCCCCCAGUGCCCCAGAGUCUGCGCAAAACACUGAAGGCCAGGCUGCUGCGGAGCUGUACGUGCAGCCUGCCCCGCGCCAGGGCACUUGUGCAGGACCUGAUCCCUGCCAUAUGCUGGCUGCGCCAGUACCGCCCGCGGGAGUACCUGGCGGGUGACAUCAUGUCAGGUCUAGUCAUUGGCAUCAUCCUGGUGCCACAGGCCAUCGCCUACUCACUGCUGGCCGGGCUGCAGCCCAUCUACAGCCUCUACACGUCCUUCUUCGCCAACCUCAUCUACUUCCUCAUGGGCACCUCACGCCACGUCUCCGUGGGCAUCUUCAGUCUGCUCUGCCUCAUGGUGGGGCAGGUGGUUGACCGCGAGCUCCAGCUGGCCGGCUUCGACCCCUCCCAGGACAGCCCAGGGCCCAGAGCCAACGGCAGCGACCUCAACAACUCAGCUGCCACGCUGGUGCUUGGGCCACCCGACUGCGGGCGGGACUGCUACGCCAUCCGCAUUGCCACUGCCCUCACACUGGUGGCCGGGGUUUACCAGGUCCUUAUGGGCGUCCUCCAGCUGGGCUUCGUGUCUGCCUACCUCUCGCAGCCACUGCUCGACGGCUUUGCCAUGGGGGCCUCCGUGACCAUCCUGACCUCACAGCUCAGGCACCUGCUGGGUGUGCAGAUGCCUCGGCACCAGGGGCCGGGCAUGGUGAUCAGCACAUGGCUAAGCCUGCUGCGCAGCGCCAGCCAGGCCAACGUGUGCGAUAUGGUCACCAGCACCGUGUGUCUAGCAGUGCUGCUGGCUACCAAGGAGCUCUCAGACCGCUGCCGGCACCGCCUGAGGGUGCCGCUGCCCACAGAGCUUCUGGUCAUCGUGGUGGCCACGCUCGUGUCUCACUUUGGGCAGCUCCAUGAGCGCUUUGGCUCAAGUGUGGCUGGCAACAUCCCCACUGGCUUUGUGGCUCCACGGGUGCCAGACCCAGAGCUGAUGCAGCGUGUGGCCCUGGAUGCCGUGGCCCUGGCCCUCGUGGGCUCGGCCUUCUCCAUCUCACUGGCGGAGAUGUUCGCCCACAACCAUGGCUACUCCAUCCGCGCCAACCAGGAGCUGCUGGCCGUGGGCUGCUGCAACGUGCUGCCUGCCUUCUUCCACUGCUUCGCCACCAGCGCUGCCCUUGCCAAGAGCCUGGUGAAGACCUCCACUGGCUGCCGGACGCAGCUGUCCAGCGUGGUCAGCGCUGCUGUCGUACUGCUGGUGCUGCUGGUGCUGGCACCACUGUUCCAGGACCUGCAGCGGAGCGUGCUGGCGUGUGUCAUUGUUGUCAGCCUGCGUGGGGCCCUGCGCAAGGUGAGGGAUCUCCCUCAGCUGUGGCGGCUGAGCCCAGCUGACGCGCUGGUCUGGAUGGGCACUGCGGCCACCUGCGUGCUGGUCAGCACUGAGGCUGGGCUGCUGGCCGGCGUGAUCCUUUCACUGCUCAGCCUGGUGGGCCGUACACAGCGCCCACAUGCUGCCUUGCUCGCCCGCGUCGGGGACUCGGCCUUCUACGAGGAUGCCACAGAAUUCGAGGGCCUCAUCCCCGAGCCCAGGGUCCAGGUGUUCCGUUUCUCAGGGCCACUCUACUAUGCCAACAAGGACUUCUUCCUGCAGUCCCUCUACAGCCUCACGGGGCUAGACGCAGGGCGCUUGGCUGCCAGAAGGAAGGAACGGGGCUCAGAGGCGGGGGCCGGCGAAAGAGACCCUGUCGAGAGCAAAGAUGGCCCUGGGAGCAGCAGGGCCGCGCUGGUGCCCACAGCGGCCAGCUUCCACACGGUAGUCAUCGACUGUGCCCCGCUGCUGUUCCUGGACACGACUGGCAUGGCCACACUGCAGGGUCUGCGCCAAGACUAUAAGGCCCUGGGCAUCAGCCUGGUCCUGGCCUGUUGUAGCCCCCCAGUGAGGGAUGCUCUGGGGAGAGGUGGCUUCCUCAGGGAGGACCAGGGGGACGUGGCUGAGGAGGAACAGCUAUUCCACAGCGUGCACAGUGCCGUUCUGGCGGCACGAGCCCGCCGUGGGGAGCUGGCGGCUGCUGACUCCACCCUCUAGCAGGGCCAGGGCCUGCUCACUACUCCCUCCUGGGAGCCUGCAGUGCAGAUCUGCAGCCAUCGCUGAGAUCCUUCCUGGGGAGCGAUGCCAAGGGCUGG